UUUUUCUCUAUAUUAAUAAGAAGUUCUGUUUUGAAAAUGUUGGAGGGUUUCCAGAUCUUGGUUCAGAAUACAGUACAAGGAAGAAUUCACAGGAAAAAAUUUGUGUAGAAUAAAAACUCAAUAGUAUUUGAGGGGAAAAUAUUGUUUUGCUGCUAUUAUGAUAGCUGUGGAGUGGGAAAAUGUCAUUACCUUUAAACCAAGUGGUUUGAUUUGUUUUUCCUGAACGAAGAGGCUUUACUACAACAUAUUUCUUCCAGUUUAUAAUGAAUUUACAGAAAGAUUAAAAGCUACUGUGUGAAAUACUAGUAUUGAGCUGAUGAGUAGCAACAUUUAAAUAAGUACUAAAUUCAAGUUCCCAAAUGGUUGAUAUUUUAAUUAAGAAUUAAGGAAGAAAGAAUUAGAAAAUGGCAUUUUUCAAAAAUUUUCGGCAGCACCUGCCUUCAGUGUCCUCUCUGGUGGGCACAAUUAGUAGUGUUGUAGAAGACUUGACCACUGCUGUUGGGGAUGUCAGCUGUGCUUUAACUGACUCUGUCGCUGAGCAGGUGACAAGUAUGAUAAAUGGUUUUCGCCCAGAAGAGGAAAACUCUGCAGCAGAAGAAGUCAUAGAUAAUUCUAAACAAAAAAAUGCUAUGUUACCAGAAGUCACCAAAGAUGCCAAUUGUCAGAAAACACAAUCCAGUUCAGAGCACAGAGCAAAGCAAAUAAAUUGUUUUACUUCAUUUUCACAAAAGCAUGAAGCUAUGCAUGAAGAAGGAGUACUUGAACGUGUUAAUUGUAGGCAACAGACUCUAUCAAAAUAUCAAGAAACUAGUAAUGCUGAUGAUUCUUCUUUGAAAGGCCACGUAGGUAAUGGGACAUCAGCUCUCAAGCAGAGUACAUGGGCCGGAUCUCCUUGUCAAGCACUUGAAAGUACUGACAGAUGUAAAAUAACUAACUCUAAAGAUAGAUUACACGGAAAAAUCAAAGAGCAAAUAAAUCCAGCAAAAUACUACAAAGUGAAAGGACCCACAAAAACAAAGAAAAAUGAAGCCAUUUGGGCCAAGAAAGGGACAGCACAAAGUAAAGAUGAAAAAUAUUCUAAGAUAAUACCAGAAAAAGAUAAUUCAUACAUGGAUCAAGGUGAACAUGGUUCCUCCUCUGAAAGUGAAGAUGAAGCCCUGGGUAGAUAUCAGGAGGCCUUGUCCAGAACACACAAUUCCAGACUACCACUGGCAGAUUCUGGACAGAAGAGCUAUGCUUGGGAAACAAGACAGAAAUACAGUCCGCUCUCUGCAGAGUAUGAUGGAUACAGUAGUGAAGCAUCAAUAGAUGAAGGGAACUGCAUUCAGAGAAUGAGAAGAACACCCCCACUGGAUGAAUUGCAGCCACCACCGUAUCAGGAUGACAGUGGUUCUCCCCAUCUCUCAUGUACACCCUCAGAAAUCGGGGACAACAAAUGUGAACACUCCCACUGCAGCAACAGCCCAAGAUGCUCAUAUAACAAGUGCCCAAGUGAAGGAAGCACAGGUCAUGAAGUAGAAAGUUUUCAUAAUAAAGGAUAUGAAGAAGAUGUCCCAAGUGACAGUACUGCAGUCCUGAGCCCUGAAGAUAUGUCAGCUCAAGGAUCGUCUUCACAGCUUCCUAAAACUUUUGAUCCUGAGCCAGAAGCUAAAUAUGGUACACUGGAUGUGACUUUUGACUAUGAUUCACAAGAACAGAAGCUUCUGGUAACAGUGACAGCUGUCACAGACAUCCCAACAUAUAACAGGACAGGUGGCAACUCAUGGCAAGUACACCUUGUUCUUCUACCUAUAAAGAAACAGAGAGCAAAAACCAGCAUCCAGAGAGGACCAUGCCCAGUCUUCACAGAAACAUUCAAAUUUCAUCAUGUUGAAUCUGAGAUGAUUGGAAAUUAUGCAGUUCGGUUUAGACUGUAUGGUGUACAUCGCAUGAAAAAAGAAAAAAUCGUGGGGGAAAAGAUUUUUUAUUUAACCAAAUUGAAUCUUCAAGGAAAAAUGUCAUUACCUGUGAUACUGGAACCUUCUUACAAUCAAUCUGGCUGUGGCUCCCAGAUGAGCAUGUCAGAAAUGUCCUGUAGUGAAAGUACCUCCUCAUGUCAGUCUCUUGAACACGGCUCAGUUCCAGAAAUUCUCAUUGGCUUGCUUUAUAAUGCCACGACUGGAAGACUUUCGACAGAAGUGAUAAAAGGCAGCCACUUCAAAAACUUGGCAGCAAACAGACCACCCAAUACAUAUGUUAAGUUAACUCUACUGAAUUCCAUGGGCCAAGAGAUGUCCAAAUGCAAGACGUCCAUCCGCAGAGGGCAGCCCAAUCCGGUAUACAAGGAAACCUUUGUUUUCCAAGUGGCCCUAUUUCAACUUUCUGAUGUGACACUCAUACUAUCUGUGUACAACAAACGCAGCAUGAAAAGAAAAGAGAUGGUAGGCUGGAUUGCAUUAGGUCUGAACAGUUCUGGAGAAGAGGAACUCAGUCACUGGACUGAAAUGAAAGAGUCCAAAGGACAGCAAAUCUGUAGAUGGCAUGCAUUACUGGAGUCGUGAUGAAUAGGAUAAAGGAGCAAUCGCAAUCCAAGGCAGCAUUGUUUCUGAUCACAACACCACUGUUUUUAUUUAGCUACCAUUCAAAGAUCUGCUCUUUGAAGAAUCAUCUUCAACAUUCUACCAAAAUGCUUUAAAUUUUGUGGAAAGAACAUCUAAUGCUUACAUACAUGAAGAAAAGAUAUGUCUCUGUCAGAGCCUGUUUGGGAAAAAUGAGAAACUUAUAUCAUCAUUGUUCAGUUAACAGUCCUUCAGAGAUUUAAUAACAUGGUUUGAGGUUUAUUUCACUUUAUUGGAAGGUCCGGUAAUUUUAUUAAAAAUCAAAAUUUUAAGUGAAAAAAAAUCAUAAUUUUAGUUGUAAAACACUAUUUUAGUACCACUCUACACCCUCCAUAGAACAUGUUCUGACCGGCCAGUCCCUGAUGUUUAUAAUCUUCUUUAAUAUGAAAAAGCAGUUCUCCAAUUUUAUCAUCAGAUGUCACAUCUAAGAGUUUCAAACAUGUUGAACGUUGUUUUAUUUCAGAUGUCUCCCCUCUGUGCUCUCAGUUUCGUUGUCUUUCACAGUGGCACUAAAUCUAAGUGCAAGCAAGUCUUCAUUUUCACAAAGGAACUUUUUUACAUGUUAUCAAAAAAGUCCAUUUCUUUAUUUGCUUCCGCUUUUGCUUGAUCCAAAGAGACCAGGUCACUGUACUGGUCCCUUGCAAGUCUGUUAGACAGGUUGUACUGUAGGACUAUGUAACUUUCUGUUGAAAGCACUUCCUGUAUUCUUGUAUUCCAAUGUAGGAAGCUAACAGAGCAGGACUUUACAAUUUCUUUGAAUGAUUGACUCUUUAAAAUUGUGGUAAUGUAAAAAUAACGUUUUUUACAAACUGAAAGAUACAGUAGCUGAGCUGCUGAAAAUUGAAAACAAUUUAAAGGAAAUUUUAAUUAUCUGCUCUGAGUAUUUUUAGUAACCAGCACGACAUAAUGCAGAUAGCAUUCAAAAUAAAUUGUUCUCUCUCUAAAUCUUACUCACUCUUACUUCAAACAAUUUAUAUUUGUAAUAUCAAGACUACCCAGUUCUCAGUUUGAGUCAGAACAUUAUGAUAAAAACAGUUCUGAAAAUCCUUCUGAAGCUUCUAGUGACUUGUGACUAGAUUUUAUGAAAUUUACAGGUACGUUCUUCAACGUGAUGUCAUCCUGUGCCUUUCAUGUAAGUUGAAUUUGCUCAUACAGCUUGAAAGUUGUAUUUGCAAAAUCAGGCCUUCAAUUUUUAUAAAUGUAAAGAUUAUAACAGUGUCCCAGUGUUUUUGUUUCCUCAGGAUUAUGUAGAAGCUGUAUAAUGUACUGAUUUUUUUUAAUGGUACUUUCAUUUGUCGCUUUGUAUUUAGGAACUCUGAUGAACCAGAAAUAUUAUAAGCUACUUUCUUUUUAAUUUUGCUUCUUACCCAAUAUAUAAUUUUAUGCAUAUACUUUAUUAGUCUAUCUUUUAUAUAUAUGAAAAAUAUUUCCUUUUUUCUCUUUCUCCUUUCUAGUUAAACUAGACUAAAAUGUUCUAUUUACCAAUUACGAAAAAGCAGCCUAUCUUUUUUCCUAGUCCCAGCUAAGUCCUGUAUAUUAUUCUAAGCUGAAACUUGUUAUUAUCAUAGUAACAAAACCAUGCAUAGAUACUAUCACUUUAGCUCGGCUGUACUAAAAGGCCUUAAAGAGAAAUCCAAAAAGACAGUGAGCUCCUAAUGUUUUUUAGUUUAAAAACGGCAGCUCUACACAUUCAUACCCAUAAAUUAUAAGAAAAAAUACAAGUGCUAUGUUGGGUGACGUGAAGUUUAAGAAUGUUGGUUAAGGAGUUACAUUAAAGGGGAAAAUCUAUUCUUUUAUUGUUACACCAAUGAGCUUUUUCCAGAGUUUUUUAUACAUGAGUUAGUUAAUAGAGUUAAAAUAUGAAUCAAAAGGCGUAAUGCCUUAUUUAAGCAUUUUUAGCAACAACAUGGAAAAAGAUUGAAGGAAGAGAUACAGAAUUUAGUGAGAAAUUGGAUUUAGGUGUUUUACGCUACAAGUACCUUUUCUGGCUUUGAGACCACUGACUACAUUGCUAACAACUGGGAUCCUCUUAAAAAGAAUUAUCAGUCUUAUUUGUAGCUGUAACAAAGCCUAAUCAAACAUGUUAAUAAGAUGAGUGUGGUGCUUUCAGCUUUAGUGAGAAGAAGACGUAACUGAUGUCAUUUGUUAAACUACUUUUCUUCCAGUUAUGCCCAGAACUGUGUGUGUGCUUUGCUGUAUCCUUAGGGUUUUAUCUGGAAUAAGAAUCCAAUCCAAUUAGGCUUAAAAAUUAAUCAACAAUUAAAGAAAAACGAAGAAAGACCCUACCUCCACCCCAGCGGCCAAGUCCUCAGUGAUUAUGAAUUAUCUGUCUUUGUGUAUGUACGUGUGUGUGUACAGUGAGAUGCACACACACAUGUAUACACACAACAUAUUUUUUAAAGACUUUUUUUUUUAAGUGAAGAUGCCCUGGCUUUUCAGUUUACGGAUCAUUUUCUCCUCUGUAUACUUUUUUUAUACUUAGGAAUUGUAUUUGGUUUGGGGUGCUAUCUGCUGCCAUCUCCUUCACACACAGCAAAAUACACUUCUUUUUAUCCUGUGGAUUGACACAACUUAGAGUAAUUACUCCCAAAAAAUGUUCUUUUAGAAAAGGAUUAAAUAGGGCUCAAGAGACUCACGUCACUCUACUGAAUCUAAUGUACAAGACGGUACUACUGCUUUUGUGUGCUUGAAUUUGCAUGAAAGCUUAGAGGCAAAAUCCUGUAUUUCAGUAAUUAUAGCAAAUAGGGGCCCACUGGUGGGCAGCAGGUGUUGGCUCAGAAACUUGAGAAAGACAACCCACUUUCUUAUUGUUCUGUGAAAAUCCUCUAAGUUUUAUAAUAAAAUAAGAUAGUCCAAACAUGGCAAGUGACUAGGAUUUAUGUGAGCUCCUGAGCCUGGAAUUACAGGCUUUGUCUCCCAGAUGAGCUGCGAAAUGUAGUUUAUUACUGUCCAGGAAACAGUAUUUCAAAUCAGUAAAGAAUUUGUUCAGUAUAAUAUUCCUCUUACCUUCUAGAAGCUUUUUUACAUAACUUUGUGUCUUCAGCACUGUCUACAUUUUAUGUGAAAUUUGCAUAUUAUCUUACUAGGCAUUCACUGAAUCCUCAAUAAUGUUGUAUUUAAUGACAAAAAUAAUAAAUUGGAUCACAAUUUAAAAAAGGAAAAACCCGUGAGAAAGUAUCUGAACUACCCCAAUUAAUAUGUUGUUAGCUGCCAUCCGGUCAGCCCAGACUCAUGGCAAGUCCACGCACAGCAGGAUCUGUCGCGAUCUGUAGGAUUUUCAUUGGCUGAUUUUUGGAAAAUUGAUAACCAGAUCUUUCUUCCUAGUCUGUCUUGGUCUGGAAGCUUCCACGAACCCUGUUCAGCAUCAUAGCAACACAUAAGCUGACAGAUGAGUGGUGGCUGCCCAUGCAGUGCACUGGCUGGAAAUCGAAGCCCAAUCUCCUGCGCGGGAGGCAAGAAUUCUACCGCUAAACCCCAACCUGCCCCCCUGGUUAAUAUAUACAUGUUUAAAUGUAGGGCUUUAUAGGCAAUUUCUUCCAGCCUAGUGCAGAUGCCAAGGGCUACAAACUAAAUGAAUUUUUUUAUUACCAUCAUUUUCAUUUUUCUUAUGAAGUGAAUCAGCAGCAGAAUCAAUGAUCGCAAAGGGAGCUAGCACUAAGACAGAAAGGAGUGUACAAGUGAGUGUGUUCUUCAGGAUGCAAAUGGUGGCCGACGGACAGCGUGGCCUUUCAAGCGAGAGGAGACGGAGGCUGUACAUUGAAGGUGUAUGCUUAGUGGGAGAUAGUGAGAAGAGUAGGCACCAAUCAUUUUUUUUUCAAGAUUCAUAUCUAGAUACAAAUAGAAAGGAAAAAUUUAUUUGCAUAAAAUUGUCAUUUGCCUAGGUAAACUAGAUAGUCAUUUCAUAGAGAAUUCGCACAUUGAUAGUUACUAUUCACAAGUUGGCAUAGUAACUGAUGGCAUAGUGGUUAAGAGCUAUGGCUGCUAACCAAAAGGUCAGGAGUUGGAAUCUACCACGUGCUUCUUGCAAACUCUGUGGGGGCAGUUCUACUCUGUCCUAUGGGGUUGCUAUGAGUCGGAAUCGACUCCACGGCAACAGUUUUGGUAUUACGUGUUCACAAGUGUUUUUUGGGUUUUUUUCCUUUCCAUUCACCAUCCCCAGUUCAUCCAUGGCCUACACUAAAGGUAGGCAUCAGUGUUGUCAUCAUCAAGUGAACUUAAUAUUGAGCACAAAGUCAUUUAAGGGUGUUUAAAACAUUACCUGUGCCCACCAAAGUUUAUCAUAAUGGUAGCAGCCAUCAUUUACUGAGAUCUGGCACAUUAAUGCACUGUUUUAUUUAAUUCUCACAACACCCUGUAGUUGGUAUAAUAUUAUCAACAUUUUGCAGAUGAAGAAACUGCAGCAUGGAGAGGCUAACCUGUCUUGCCCGAGGUUGUCCAGAAAGUAAGUCGUGGGGCUAGGGUUAGAACACGGUGGAGACUGCCUUAAUACCCACGCCCCUGCCCACUCUGCUAGUGCAGUUGUGUCCAGCUUUACAAACUGCAAGAAAAACACUUAGAGCAACAGUGUAUUCAUUAAUGAUCCUCCCCACCAUAAACAACAUUGCAUGGCAGAGCUAGAAAAAGAAGAAGACAACAAAACAGAGCUCUGGGAAUGAGCAAUAAAAGAGAAGAAAGAUCAGAGAUUCCCUUUGGGGCACAAAUGUACUUUGUGUCAUACUUUGUAGAUGACUUUGAUUUUCAAAGGUUGGGGAUUAAUUUAUUCAAUUAAUUUAUAUUCUGAAAGUAUAUUAAUCAAUUUGUUCUGUUCCUUGACCGCUUUUCUGAGUCCAGGAUAUUUUAAUUGUACAUGAUCACCUUUCUACCCUGUGAAUUGGAUAGCUGGUGCCUGUUAGCCCAUAGCUUACCCCUGUCAGUGGCAAGGGAAGACUCUCGUUUUCCUCUGUGCUCCCUUUGCUAUUUAUUUAUGUUUCUCCUAUACCCAUUGUAAGAUUGGACUGGAAUUACAGCUAGUUUGAUUACAUAGUUCUCUAUUUCCCCUGGCCCUGCAGUGGACCAGUAGUUAAGAGCUACAGCUGCUAACCAAAAGGCUGGCAGUUCAAAUCCACCAGCCACUCUUUGGAAGCCCUAUGAAGCAGUUCUCUGUCCUAUAGGGUUGCUAGGAGUCAGAAUGGACUCCAUGACAACUGUCCUACCUGCUGUUAUCAAGUCAAUUCUGACUCAUACUGACCUUAUAGAGGAGCCCUGGUGGCACUGUGGUUAAAAUGCUUGGCUGCUAACCGAAGGUCAUUGUUAGAAUCCACCAGCCCCUCUGAGAGAAAGAUGUGGCAAUCUGCUUCCAUAAAGAUUACAGCCUUGGAAACCCUGUCUACUCUGUCCUAUAGGGCAACUAUGAUAUUUCCCCCAACAUAAAAAAAAUUUUUUUUUUUUUUUUAUGAACAAAAGGGCGCAUAAAGAUAAGACAAGGAAUUUACUACUACCUAGGAU